GCGGUGCUCGGUUGUCUUCCCCGGCAGAUGUAUAUUUUCUCUUCUUUCGCCGUCGUGGUCUUCUCUCACGCCUGCGAGUUGCCGUGUACAGAGUGUUCGGCAGUCCACUGAUAUUACCUUUCGACCGGUCAAUUGAAAUAAGAUCGUGAUUGAGAAGAAUGGCACGUCCGGGAGGAAUUAUUGAGCGUGACGAUGACGAUGAUGAUGCCAAUUUCGAAGACGCUGUGUUCAUCGACGCGGACGAUAUAGUGGAAGAUGUGCCGAUUGACGAGGAGACCUUGCCUGACCGGGACAGCGAGAACGAUGAAGACGAAGAUGAGGGGGAGGAGGGAGAGGGCGAGGAGGUGGAAUACGAGCCGGAGAGGGACGAUGCAGUGGAGGUUUUCAAGGCGCAUACGGACUCGGUUUACUCUGUCUCGUGCAGCACGGGAGGCAUGAUUGCUUCCGGAGGCGGGGAUGACGUCGCGUACCUAUGGAAGAUCUGUGAAAGCUCUUCGUCGUCCAAGCAGCUGAAGGGUCACACGGAUUCAGUAUCUGCCUUGUCGUUUAGCGAGGAUGGCAGUUUGUUAGCGAGCGGUGGGCUUGAUGGGUCUGUGCUCGUUUGGGACACACAGUUGGGAUCUCUGAAACACCGCUUGGAAGGUCCGGGUGAGGGCAUCGAGUUUGUAUCGUGGCAUCCGAGAGGACCUGUGGUGGUUGCAGGGUCCGAGGACGGGACGAUAUGGAUGUGGAACGCCGAUAACGGCAAGUGCAUGCAGGUGUUUUCGGGACAUGGCGGCUCGGUCACAUGUGGGCGAUUCACGCCAAACGGACAGCUAGUGUGUACUGGAUCUGCGGACGGCAGCCUAAGGCUAUGGAAUCCGAAGACGGCCGAGACCAGCAUGGUCAUUCAAGGACACGCUUUCCAUGCUGAGGGGCUGACGUGUCUUGAUGUCUCCUCCAACUCGUCGCUGGUCGUCACAGGCUCCACCGAUGGUUCAGUCAAAGUGAGUCAGCUGCAGAGUGGGAAGGUGGUCGGUUCUCUCGUCGGACACAACAAGUCGGUGGAAUGCAUUCGCAUAUGCCCUGAACUCCCGAUGGCCGCUUCGGGUUCCAUGGAUGGGAAAGUCCUGAUCUGGGACCUGCAGACGCUGUCAGUAAGAAAUGCCUGUGAGCACGACGAGGGUGUGACCAGACUGAUCUGGCACCCUUCGUCUCCACUGAUUUACACGGCGGGUGUGAACGCGAAAGUGCAGCUGUGGGACGCGAGGACCGGCAAAGUGCAGAGGACAUUCCUCGGCCAUCGAAAGACGAUCUAUGAUCUCGCUGUCAGUAAGGAUGGCGACGUGGUCGUUUCCGGUUCAGAUGACGGGACGGUGCGAGUGUUCUCUUGCUCCUAGGCAGGAAACCCACAAGCAAUCUCUCUCUCUGUCUCGCAAGCAAUCGUUAUGAAGACACAAUGUGAGGGCGCCGGAGGAUUGGACGUCCGAGUCUUCUCUUCUCUUUUCUUGCCUGUGUCCAAUCAGGAGAUCAAGUCACGUUUAAGGAAACUGUGGAGCGAGUAAUCUUUCUCUCUCUAGCAGUCGUGAAGGAAAGAGGUGAGGUCGACACGUACUCGACUUGAGUUUACGGGUCGGAGAAGAAGCAUCUGAUGGACGGUGGAAAAAGCAAGCAAUUCAGACUGUGGAGGUGAAGCAUAAUUUGGAUGCAUAAAGCGUGGUUGGGAUGCGAUUCUCGGCUCUGCUUUACGGUUGCCUCUUGACAGUGAGGUUUGGACGUCUUCGUGGAAAGGGUAGAAGCAGUGCGCAUCGGAGUGAACGCUUCAUUCAACGUCGUUCCUCGGUUAAGUAAAUGGCAGUACUGGAACACGGACUACGACGAAGACUUCAAAUGACUUGGGUAGCGCACAGGUGCAUGCUGUCCGACGCCUUUUCAAUCAAGACGCGGCAAUCACGCGUUCCCGGAAGGGAAGGGCGUCUGUUGGUGCUUUCUCGUGUGAUCCUUGCGCAGGGGCAAUGUGUCGUACCAAAUGAAUCUGGACCGAAAUUCUGUCCUGCGUGCGAGGUUGAACUCGUUGGCUGGUUACAUCUUGGCGACGACGAGAGAAGAGUAAUUCCGACGAUAGGUGCUCCCGGUGUAGAAGGGUAUGUGGCUGUAUGUAUGUCUACUUUCUGCGGAAUGGAUGCCGGUAGGGGUCAUAGAGCGGAAAGAAGCGCAAGUGGCAUCACAUCCAAAGAGGCGGAGGGUCGUCGUUUCCGUUUCCCAAUACAGUGAUGCUAUACCGAGCCUUCUUGAAGAGGAUAUUCUCGAGCACCGGCCUUCCCUUGUUAUCCGUGUGUCCUUCUUCAAACAAGUUUGGUGGAUUGUCGGGACCUGGAGUUGGAUGCAUCACAGCUGGAGGCUGCUGGAAGUGAGUGGGGAGCGGUGGUCAAUGAUGCAGCCUGCAGACACAAGUGCAGAUAUCGUUUGUGCAUUGUUGUGGUUUCUGCGGCAGGCGAGGAUUUCCUAAACGUUUGUUUCAACGUGGGGACUCGAUCUUCGAUGUCUCAAAGUCAAUCAAGCAAGCUCACGUCCCAUCCGUUUCGAGAGCGGCGGAGCGUUCUACCAGGCCCUUGUUGUGGAACUUCGUCAGCAGUGAGUGAGUGAAUUAGCUGGCAGUUUUUUCGGAAAUGCGAAUAGCAGGGGAGUUGCCUGCCUGAUUAUGAUGAACACCCGAGGGUCACGCCGGGCUGGAAAUGGGUCUCAUCGACUCUGAUGGUGUUCUUCUACACAGUCUCGCAGGUGAAGUCGUUCUAUGGGAUUGUUGUGGACACAGCUUUGACAGAUUUGCUGUGCGGUCACUGGCCCCCGCUAGAUUGUUGCAGAUUGGGAUCCCAUGGGAUUGGAAUCAUUUUGCUUUACUUGUGUCGAGAGUUUUGAGCGCAUCAGCAGGAGAGAGACAGUACGUAUGCAUUUGAUAGGAGACUGAUGCCAUCGACAGAAAUCUUGUUACUUGAUUUGGGGGUUUCAUCUUUAAGUGACUGGGAAGAGUGAGUAGGUGGUUCACUAGAGAGGCAGUGCGUCGUUUGCGGUGUGCGACACUGCAGCUGAUGUGCGUGCGGAUCGGAAGACAUCGUAACUUGCUGCGUAGCAGAGACGCAUUCGUUAUUGUGGUCGAUUCUGAUCGUCAUCUCUCUCUCAGUGCCUCUCUCUCUCUCAGUGCCUCUCUUUCUUUCUCUCUCUCUCUCUCCCUCUCUUGUUCCGUUUCGUCGGUGCCUAUUCGCUGUGUUACUUUGCUCAAUAUAUGUCUCUGCCAAGAGUUCGAAUUUAGGAAUUGUUCUUUAUCAGUUCUAUCAUUUGGCAUGGCCUAGGGGAUGAGACGAACACGACUGGAAGUGCGCUCUUUAUGAGCAGACCUUUUUCCGAGGGUUGGCUGGAUAUGGAUGUUGGGCAAAGAAUGUGGCAUGCGAGUAGCCAUCGUUUGCAUCUGGGGGGGCUAGAACCACACAUGAUGUAUGUAUAUCAUGCCAUUCACGAUGACGGUUACUAACAGGCAACACCAAGUCGAACAAUCAUGAAGGGAAGGAGACAAAGCACAAGACGGGAGAGGAAGAGACAGGAUUGUCCCGAAUGCGACUAGCAUUAAAAAUCAACAUGGAGAUCAGCUACGGUGAAAACCGAAGCUGUUAGCAUGAUGGUUUGUUUUUCCACUAGUUAACGUAAACGAGGAAUCCGAGGAAUGGAACAAGGGGACUGAAGGUGUGGGCGCAAUUUUCUUGGCACUCUCGCAGUCCCAGAGA